CUCUCUCUCUCUCUCUCUCUGUCUCUCUGUCUCUCUGUCUCUCUCUCUGUCUCUCUCUCUCUCUCUCUCUCUCUCUCUGUCUCUCCCUCUCUCUCUCUCUCUCUCUCUCUCUCUCUCUCUGUCUCUCUCUCUCUCUCUCUCUCUCUCUCUCUCUCUCUUCUCUCUCUCUCUCUCACAGCCAAAAACUCAAGUUGUCUUCCAAACCCGUGCGAGAACGGAGGAACCUGCGUGGUGAACAGGGAAUCGUUCACCUGCGUCUGCAAAGAGGGCUGGGAGGGUCCCACGUGCACGCAGAAUACCAACGACUGCAGUCCACACCCAUGCUACAACAGCGGGACGUGUGUGGACGGGGAUAACUGGUACCGCUGCGAGUGCGCCGCAGGCUUCGCUGGUCCAGACUGUCGGAUCAAUAUUAACGAGUGCCAGUCGUCUCCGUGUGCCUUCGGCUCCACCUGUGUGGACGAGAUCAACGGGUAUCGCUGCCUGUGUCCGCCCGACAGGACCGGAGCGCUCUGUCAAGAAGUGACGAGGAAGCCGUGCUCUGUGAACGGCCACGCCUUCCCCGAUGGAGUCAAAUGGGACGACGACUGCAACACGUGUCACUGCGCCAACGGGAAGGUCGUGUGCACCAAGAUGUGGUGUGGUCCCUCAUCAUGCCACCUGGGGCUCAAAGGUCGUGGCGGGUGUCCCUCAGGUCAGAGCUGCGUCCCCAUCAGGGAGGGUCACUGCUUCGUCAAGCCCUGCGUCGGCUUAGGGGAGUGCUGGCGCUCCAACCCCCCACCGCCCUCCACCAAGUGCCACCCCAGCUCCGGUUUCCAGGACAACAGCUGCGCCAAUAUCACCUUCACCUUCAACAAGGAGACCAUGCCUCCGAGUCUGACGGUGGAGGGCGUCUGUAAGCAGCUGAGGCGUUUGUACGUGGUGAAGAAUUUCUCCUUGGAGCAUUCAGUGUCUAUAACCUGUGACCCCUCGUUCUCAGCCGGCAACGAGAUCCACGUCUGCAUCUCGACCGAGGACCAUCGCCUGGAGCGGAGCCCCGUCAAGGAGCUCACAGACCGGAUAAUCGACCUGGUUAGCAAACGCAACGGGAACAACACCAUCAUCACCGCCAUCGCAGAGGUGCGCGUGCCAAGCCCCAACAAAACUGACUACCUGGUGCCCCUCCUCAGCUCGGUCUUCAUCGUCAUCUGGGUCCUCGUGCUGGUCUCCAUCCUGCUGUGGUGCAUGCGCCGCCGGCGGAAACAGGGCAACCACAACAGCACGACGGUCGCCGGCGCCGAGGACAACACGACCACCAACAACGUGCGCGAGCAGCUGAACCAGAUCAAGAACCCGAUAGAGAAGCACGCGGUGGCCAUCAAGGACUACGAGAACAAAAACUCCAUCAUCGCCAAAAUAAGGACAAAUCACCCCGAGGGGGACGAGGACGACAAGGAGAGGCACUUACAGAAGGGCCGCUUCGCCAAACAGCCGGCGUACACACUGGUGGAGCGGGACGAGAAGGCGCCCGUCUCCAACGCCAACUCCACGUCCAAAAACCCGAACUGGACUAACAAACAGGACAACAGAGACUUGGAGACGGCCAACAGCAUCAACAGGAUGGACUACAUCGUAUAGCAGACAGCUGUGUUGCCGUGCAACCAAGCCUAAUGCCUUCACACCCCGGUGGUGGGUGGAGCGAGGGGGGGGGGGGGGGUGACCCCGCAGUAUUCCCCGUGUUAAUUUAAGUUUUGACAAGCUGGCUUACACUGGCAGUGACGGUUGCUUUGGUUGGCUGGAGACACGAGGCACUGGUAAACAUUUCACUGUAGACGUUCUUCCAACAUGUCCGCCUCUGCAUUUCACUUCUUCUGUUUUUAAAACGAGCGGACACGUGGAAAGCGGCGCCCGGCGUGAUUGUUGUGACAAUGACUAAAAAACGACCCGACGUGUUGAAACGACACUCGAGCGAGCUCUUCCCACUUUGUGUUUUCUUUUUCUACACCCGCUUGGAGGAAAGUGCCUUUUCAGCUUUUAGACUUCAGCAACUGUCGAGAAAUGAGAAAAAAAAAGAUCAACUCUAUUAUUUAUUUUUAUUUUGGGGGGAGGGGGGGGGAUGACCUGCGGGGGGGAUGACCUGCGGGGGGAUGGGGGGAGGGGGGAGUUCAAUGUCAGCAGUUGCUGCCAAUAUGAAGAAUUUAUGUGUCGAUUUAGAUCCUGUAGAUAUGUACAUUUUUUUUAUUAAUCAUUGUGUAUAUUUGAUUUAUUAACUUAAUAAUCAAGAGCCUUAAGAUAUCAUUCCUUUUUAUUUAUAUGUUCUGUCUAGUUUGAAGGUUUGGAUCGCCGUGGAAACCGACCAUUUCUUUCAUUACUUUUUUUUUUAAGCCAAAUUUUUCAAAGCAGACAAAGGACGGGUGCUUUUUCACGCCCGAGAGAGAAAGACGUUUCCAUUCUGUUUCACACUUUUUCACAUUUCAUUAUUUGUUGCCGCGACCUCGGUCGAAGACGACAGAACGCCACGGCUGCUGCGAGGGGACGCACAUGGCGGCAGACAUAUUGCUUGCCGCUAAUGGAUUAAUACUUAAGGGAACAAAAAAAAAAGAAAAAUCCUUCUGCAGCUUAAACCCAUCGACACAUUUCAAAAGGCUGUGCGUGGCGAGUGGCGUCAACACGCCACGCCCCACGGUUCCCAUCUGCUUUAGGCGGCGUAGAUCUCCUGAGCUCGGAGCGUGAGUACUUGAAGAGAAGGGGGGGGGGGUGGGGGCGAUGGGAACACACUGCCAGAGUCCGCUUUGUUUCUGUGCACAUUUUGUUUCUUUUUUAAAAAAACUUCCUGAGGCUCUUAAAGACAAACAUGUUUUAUCUCAUCUGUCAACGCUUUGAGAUCACGGCGACAUUUUGUCCCUUUUUUUGACUUUGUGUUAUGAACUUGAGAAUUAUGUGUUGAUCUGGCAAUAUAUUUUUGAAAGUCAUAUUUAUUAAAUAUUUUGUAUGAAAAGAGAAUUAAAGUUGUCUUUGUUCAUGA